AUGCCCUUCUUGCCUGGAAUCUCCUCUUUUGAGAGGUUCCUGCUUGAGGGUGCAGAUGCUGAAAGAGAGCAAUGGAUUCCAGGUGGCAUCUUCAACAACACUCAAGGCAGCAUCUUCAAUCACACUCAGGUCAUCAUUGGUGGCCACUCCCAAAUUGUGACCAUCAACAGGCAAUGGCGUGUGGCAAUCAUUGAACAAACGAGCAUCAGCGGGUCCUGGAAAACCAUCUGGAACUACAACACGGGUGUCAUUGCAACCAAAGUCACGCAACAGAACAUCUGCUACAUUUCCACCAUGAACAGAAAUGAGAUGCCCCGCUUUGAUAACCUGGCCCGUCUGGCAGAAGAGAGCAGGAACCUGAUUGGUGGUUUCGGAAGGCCUAACAAGAGGAUUACCUUUGUCACCAAUGGAUUGGUCAGCAACCUCUACUCCUAUGGAGCAGACAUCAUAGCUAUGUGCAGCGGAGUCACCACCUACAUGGCUACCGAAGUUCACACUUUCCAAGGCCCCCAGGUGAAUCUGGGAUCAUGCAUUACCCUGGAUGUCUUGAGAGUUGUCGAGCUGCAGUACUGCAGUAGCAAUGGCAACUGGAACAACCACGGCAUCUUCAAUCACACUCAGGUCAUCAUUGGUGGCCACUCCCAAAUUGUGACCAUCAACAGGCAAUGGCGUGUGGCUGUCAUUGAGCAAAGGAGCUUCAGCGGGUCCUGGAAAACCAUCUGGAACUACAACACGGGUGUCAUUGCAACCAAAGUCAGGCAACAGAACGCCUGCUACAUUUCCAUCAUGAACAGAAAUGAGAUGCCUCGCUUUGAUAACCUGGCCCACCUGGCACAAGAGAGCAGGAACCUGAUCGGUGGUUUUGGAAGACCGAACAAGAGGAUCACCUUUGUCACCAAUGGAUUGGUCAGCAACCUCAACUCCUAUGGAAUAGACAUCACAGCUAUGUGCAGCGGACUCACCACCUACAUGGCUUACGAAGUUACCACUUUCCAAGGACCCCAGGUGACUCUGGGAUCUUGCAUUACCCUGGAUGUCCUGAGUGCUGUCGAGCUGAAGUACUGCAAUAGCAAUGGCAGUACUCAGCAGAUUCCCAGCGGCAUCUUCAAUCACACUCAGGUCAUCAUUGGUGGCCACUCCCAAAUUGUGACCAUCAACAGGCAAUGGCGUGUGGCCGUCAUUGAGCAAAGGAACAUCAGCGGGUCCUGGAAAACCAUCUGGAACUACAACACGGGUGUCAUUGCAACCAAAGUCAGGCAACAGAACGUCUGCUUCAUUUCCAUCAUGAACAGAAGCGAGAUGCCCCGCUUUGAUAACCUGGCCCGCCUGGCACAAGAGAGCAGGAACCUGAUUGGCAUUUUUGGAAGACACACCAAGAAGAUCACCUUUGUCACCAAUGGACUGGUCAACAACCUCUACUCCUAUGGAACUGAGAUUGCGGCUAUGUGCAGCGGAGUCACCACCUACAUGGCUACCGAAGUUCACAGCCCCCAGGUGAAUCUGGGAUCAUGCAUUACCCUGGAUGUCCUGAGAGUUGUCGAGCUGCAGUACUGCAGUAGCAAUGGCAACUGGAACAACCAGUGGAACAACCAGUGGAACAACCAGUGGAACAACCAGUGGAACAACCAGUGGAAUGGCAACUGGAACAACCAGUGGAACAACCAGUGGAACAACCAGUGGAAUGGCAACUGGAACCACCAUUGGAACAACCAGUGGAAUGGCAACUGGAACAACCAGUGGAACAGCAACUGGACCAACCAGUGGGACAACCAGUGGAACAACCAGUGGAAUGGCAACUGGAACAACCAGUGGAACGGCAACUGGAACAACCAGUGGAACAACAACUGGAACAACCAGUGGAAUGGCAAUGGCCAGUGGAACAACAAUUGGAAUGGCAAUGGCAAUUGGAAUGGCAACUGGAACGGCAACUGGAAUGGCAAUUUCCCGGUGAGAAAACCUUAG